GAAGGAAAGAAAAGCAAGAGAAUGAAACAGAUUAAAUCCCCAUUCUUGUCAAUCUGUCUUGCUUAAGUGUGUAUUGGGACAUAAUUUCUGAGUGUUUCUCUAUUUAAACCCAACCAUCUCUCCUCUGUUGCCUAUCUAUCUAAACUCUAAAGUCUAAACUCACUUCCUCUCCCUUCUCUACCCUUUUUCCUUCCUCCACCCUCUUCCUCUAUCGCUCUGUUUCUGUCUACUUAACGUAGACAGACGCAGACGAACGUCAAAACACACUCAGCAUAGCAACACUGGGAGAAACAAAAGAGAUGGGUAGGUUCAGUCUAAAAGGCCUCACAUUGUUCCUUCUCAUUGCUCUUCUUGUUUGGAGCUCUACAUUUGAAGUUUGCAAUGCCAGAAGAGGCAAGCACUGGAGGCAGAGCAGAGGUAUCACCUCCGCCUCUUUAUCCAAGAAGAAAGGGAAGACUCACGGUGGUAGCCACCACCAAGGCAUCAGCGGCGGUGGCCGUGGGUCCAAGCCGACGAAAUCCCCACCGCCUGCGCCAAAACCGGGAAAAGGGUACAAAGGGCCAAAAGAGCCAACUCCGGUACCGCCACCGGGAAAAGGAUUCAGUGGUAGUCAUGGUGCAGUGUUCGAUGUGUUGCAUUUCGGUGCCAAAGGCGACGGCAAGACUGACGACACGAAGGCAUUCCAAGCUGCAUGGGCAGCUGCUUGUAAGGUGGAGGCAUCAACAAUGGUGGUGCCAGCAAAAUUGGUGUUUCUUGUCGGACCCAUUUCCUUCUCCGGGCCUUACUGUGAAUCAAACAUCAUAUUUCAGCUGGAGGGUACAAUAAUCGCUCCCACAAGCUCCGAUGCUUGGGGUUCUGGACUGUUGCAAUGGCUGGAGUUCACGAAACUGAGGGGGAUUACAAUCAAGGGUGGAGGCAUAAUUGAUGGGCAGGGUUCGGUGUGGUGGCAAGAUUCCCCGUUUGAUGAUAGCACAGACAGUGAAGCACGGUUAAUCGUUCCGAUUACCGACGAACCUCCCACGACGGUCAACCCUCGCAUUCCGAUAAACAGCACACUCGGCCGGAAAAUGCCAAGCAUAAAACCAACUGCUCUGAGGUUCUAUGGCAGUUAUAAUGUGACAGUCACAGGCAUAACAAUUCAAAACAGCCCUCAGUGUCAUCUGAAAUUCGACAACUGCAUCGGCGUCCAAGUCUACAACAUGACUACCAACUCACCCGGCGACAGCCUCAACACUGACGGAAUCCACCUGCAGAACUCCAAAGACGUGCUCAUCCAUAGCACAAACCUCGCUUGUGGUGAUGACUGCGUAUCCAUACAGACAGGAUGCUCAAACGUAUACAUACACAAUGUUAACUGUGGACCUGGGCAUGGCAUCAGCAUCGGAGGUCUUGGAAGAGACAACACCAAAGCCUGUGUAUCAAACAUCACUGUGCGAGAUAUCAUGAUGCACAACACCAUGACUGGUGUCAGAAUCAAGACAUGGCAGGGUGGGUCGGGUUCUGUGCAAGGAGUACUAUUCUCAAACAUUCAAGUAUCUGAAGUUCAACUUCCGAUUGUAAUCGAUCAAUUCUACUGCGACAAGAGCACAUGCAAGAACCAAACAUCGGCAGUGUCUCUGUCAGGAAUUACAUACGAGAGAAUAAGAGGGACCUACACAGUAAAACCUGUACACUUGGCAUGCAGCGACAGUUUGCCAUGCAUAGACGUGACUCUAACUGCCAUACAGCUAAAACCAAUUCAAGAACGCUACCACUUGUAUGACCCCUUCUGUUGGCAGACCUUUGGGGAGUUGAGCACUCCCACAGUCCCCCCAAUUGGCUGCCUGCAGAUCGGCAAGCCAUCAAGCAACCGGAUCCAGUCCGAUGGUGAUACUUGCUGAUUGCUUAGCCCCAGCCUAAGGAUCCUAUAUAUGGUGUAUUCAAUGUGUGGUUGUGAUCUCCGACCCCUUCACACCAGUGGCUGUUACCCACCACAGUACAUAUAUAUUUAUAUUUAUAUAUUUAGGGGAUAAUAGUCUAAUGGGAAUUCUUAUUCACUAGCAUUACGUUAUUAUUAUUAUUAUUGUUUCCCGCUUCGAGGGAUUGUACAGGGAGGGCAUUGUUAUUAGCUAGACUUCUACGGUAUAGGGUAUAAAGCAGCCUUGCUUGCUAGGGUGGAUUUCCCCAUUAUCAGAAUUAGUAUACGGGUGCUAUGUUAUGAUAGACCAUCUCCAUUGCAAAUUUGCAAUACAUAAUUGGUUUUCACCAUCAUUGCAUGAUAUUUGUGACAUGUCUAUUUUACACAAAAGGGUGGUGCUGCUUUUCUCAA